GGCGGGACUUCCUGUCCCGCGCGGGCAGAACUUCCGGAAGAGUAGGAAGACCCUGUCUCUUUCAGUGUCAAGAGAUUACGGGCUGCCCAGUAGGGUAGUAAGGUCUGGGACGGUCACGGUGACUCCAGGACGUGUGGUCCACUACCUGUGCUUGGCGCCAUGGGUGUAAUAGGUAUACAGCUGGUCGUUACCAUGGUGAUGGCCAGUAUCAUGCAGAAGAUUAUACCUCACUAUUCUCUUGCACGAUGGCUACUCUGUAAUGGCAGUUUAAGAUGGUAUCAACAUCCCACAGAAGAAGAAUUAAGAAUUCUUGCAGGGAAGCAGCAAAAAGGGAAAAGCAAAAGAGAUAGGAAAUAUAAUGGUCACAUUGAAAGUAAGCCACUAACCAUUCCAAAGGACAUUGACCUCCAUCUAGAAACAAAGUCAGUUACCGAAGUGGAUACUUUUGCAUUGCAUUACUUUCCAGAAUACCAGUGGCUGGUGGAUUUCACAGUGGCUGCUACAGUUGUGUAUCUAGUAACUGAAGUCUACUACAAUUUUAUGAAGCCCACACAGGAAAUGAAUAUCAGCUUAGUCUGGUGCCUGCUUGUUUUGUCUUUUGCAAUCAAAGUUCUAUUUUCAUUAACUACACACUAUUUUAAAGUAAAAGAUGGUGGUGAAAAAUCAGUCUGCGUUACCUUUGGAUUUUUUUUCUUCGUGAAAGCAAUGGCAGUCUUGAUUGUAACAGAAAACUAUCUGGAAUUUGGACUUGAAACAGGGUUUACAAAUUUUUCAGACAGUGCGAUGCAGUUUCUUGAAAAGCAAGGCUUAGAAUCUCAGGGUCCUGUUUCAAAACUUACUUUCAAAUUUUUCCUCGCUAUUUUCUGUUCACUCAUUGGGGCUUUUUUGACAUUUCCCGGAUUACGCCUGGCUCAAAUGCACCUGGAUGCCCUGAAUUUGACAACAGAAAAAAUUACACAAACAUUACUUCAUGUCAACUUCUUGGCACCUUUAUUUAUGGUUCUGCUCUGGGUAAAACCAAUCACCAAAGACUACAUUAUGAACCCACCAUUGGGUAAAGAAAGUAUCCCUUUAAUGACAGAAGCUACAUUCGAUACUCUGCGACUCUGGUUAAUAAUUCUGCUCUGUGCUUUGCGGUUGGCCAUGAUGCGUAGUCACCUGCAAGCUUACUUAAACUUAGCCCAGAAAUGUGUGGAUCAGAUGAAGAAAGAAGCAGGGCGAAUAAGUACAGUCGAGCUACAGAAAAUGGUGGCUCGAGUCUUUUACUACCUGUGUGUCAUUGCGCUGCAGUAUGUGGCACCUCUGAUCAUGCUGCUUCACACAACCCUGCUGCUGAAGACACUAGGUAACCAUUCCUGGGGCAUUUAUCCAGAAUCUGUCUCUACCUCGCCAGUGGAUAAUAGUCUCCCCUCCAGCUCUGUUCAUUCUGAGUUACCAUCUGCUGAUGGGAAGGUGAAGGUAACUGUUACACAAAUAACAGUGGCGCUGAGCAGCUUAAAAAACAUUUUCACCCCUCUGCUCUUCCGAGGACUUCUGUCUUUCCUUACCUGGUGGAUUGCUGCUUGUCUCUUUUCUACAAGCCUUUUUGGGCUUUUUUAUCACCAGUAUCUCAGCGUGGCAUGAAUCUCGAUUAACAAAAACAGAUAUCCAGGUCACACUUUGGAUUCAAAUAUUUGUGCCCUUGAAGGGCUGACAAAGACCAGAAGAAAGCAAAUACAAAGGAAAAAAGAAACAUAUCAGAGUAUCUUGUUUGAAAUGCUUCCUCUGUUCUCAGGGUAAAUUAAUGGGAUAAUAUGUAAAAUUACAGAAUAGAUUGCUAAGUGCUAUACUGUGGCAUUGGAAAUUUUAACUCCUUGUAUUAACUGAUGUGAGAGGUCUCUCUCUCUUCUAGAAGAAUAAUACAUCUGAUUACCUUGGUUUACAGAAACCUCUGAAACAAUCUUUGAAACUUUUCAUAUGACUCCAGUGAGCGAUUGCUCUUAGUGGUAUUAAGGUUCUGUUACUACUCAUGUGGCUGCCCGCAGAACACUCUGUAAACUGAGCCAUGUUCCAUAGGAGGUGAAGGAGCUAAAAGUUGCUUCUGUUGGUAAUGCAUUACUCACUCUUCCAACAACAGUAACAGAAAACCCAACAGAAGGGAAGAAAAUAGCUACUGUAUAUUACAGUAAAGAAAGCUGCAUAGUAAUUUUACAUUUUAAUGGAGAUGUACAUGCUUAAUAUCUACAAGUACUACUGCUUGAAAGUAGCAAGAAUAUUGUUUAACAGUGGACUCUGUACAACUUGAGGGAUCUCAUAAAAUGACUGGCUAUAUGAACAUUUGUAAUCUUGCUGUUAGGUGUGGGCCUCCCACAUUUUAUUUUUUAUUUUAGGAUCCUAAAUAGUUCUUUUUAAUAAUUAAAAAUAUUUAUCAAUAUUGAUCAGACUUUAAAAAAUUACUUUGUAAUCCUGCUGACAACCUGUAUGUAUUGUAUAUAUUAUAUAUUAAAUAUAUAAUAUAUUGAGAUUAUAAAAGAUGAAAAUAUUGGAUCCUUUAAUGUUUUAAGUUGCUGAAUGUAUGUUAAAACAUUAUUGAAUGAGAUGUAUUUGUAUCUAGAAAUUUUUCUUUUGGGGAUGAAAUUAAAAUACAUUUUGAAAGUUUAUUUGAGCACGCAAUUUAUUUGUGUUGCCUGUGUGAGAGUGGUUACAGUUUGUAAAUAUUUAUUUAGGUGAUUUCUUCCAAAUGAAAUUUUUGUUCUGUCAGUUUCAGAAAUCAGAAUCUUUCCACUCUGAACCAAUCUGCAGGUAUCAUUUAAAUGUGUGCCAAGUAGGACCGGUUUUAUAUUUGUAGUGCCCAGAAUUAGAAAUGUUAAAUUUGUAUUUUAUAGUUCAGAAAUUGAGGUGAUCUGAUUGGAAAAUGUAAAAUAAAAAUAAAAUUAAUAAAAACAUGAUUUAAAAAAUAGUAAAAUUCUUUGUAAUGCUUUUUACAUCUAAAACUCAAAGUGAAGGGUUACACUUAUAAAGGGAAUGAAUUUAGAUAAACAGGUUUGUUUUUUCUAACAAAUAGUAGAAUUUAUAAAUAAAUGUCCUUUCAUAUAACUGUCUUUAGAGGCUAUGUAUUAUGUUCUAGUGCUAUUGUUACUGUUGAAAGCAAUGUUGAAACUUCUUUUGGAAUUAUUUGCAAGGCAUGUGGUUCACCUUUAUAUUAAUAAUCUCAAUACAGCAAAUUUCUCUAUUUUGGUGUAGAUUAAAUAUUUUAGAAAUAGCUCAUUUCUAAGAUGUUUUAAAAGACUGAAUAAUACGUGCCUAAGUUGGGUAAAACUCUUUGGUUGAAAUGAAUUAUACAUAUAGCCUAAAGACCCUUCAUGUGUAUUUUCAAAAGAAGCACUCCAUAUAUAUCUUGCAAUAUAUGAGCAUUAGUAAAAUAAGUAGCUUAUCAUAAGAUUACAGCAAAGCAUAACAUUUUGUAUGUGGAAGUUGUCACAUGUUGGACUUGAAAAGAAUCUCACCUGGUGUAACCAUUCUUAUUAAGAACUAGUGUACAU